CUUCCUAUUCUAUCAGUGAUAUGACGACACAUGAUAUCGUGCGACUUGUUGGUCGUUGGUUGCUGUCAAACUGGGCAUAAGAUACGGAGUUGCCGCAAAACACUACAGCUGAUGAAUCUUGACUUCGUUCAAAUCAAUGGUCAAAAUGACAAACAACCCUGAGAUCCGUACUGCUCGCCGUCUAGGUAUCCUAGAGACCGGCUCUGCUGCCUAUCACUUGUUCGGCUUGUAUCGUUGUGUCAUAGUAUCAGCGCAUUAUGAUGUCCCGCCAAAUACAUCUCCAAAUGAAGCCAUUCUCGCUGCCGUAGCAAAUCUCAUCGAUGAGAACCCUAUGCUCCGAGUAGGCAUCCGAGGAGAAGGCGACAUGGAAGCCUACUUUACACACGUGCCUGAGAUGAGACUGAGCGAUUUCGUGGAAUUUCGUACCUGGGGUCCUGAAGAAGAUCAUGAUAAGUGCCUGAACGACUUACAUUGUGAGCUGCACGACCAGUUCUGGCAGAACAUUGAGACGAGACCCCCGUGGCGGGUCGUCGUUGGCAGACCGUCCGGCGUCAGAGAAGACAACGGAGCUCCUCUCUUCGAGAACAUAGCCUUUGCCUUUCACCACUCACUUAUGGACGGCAUGGGUGGAAGGCUAUUUCAUGAGAAACUUCUUGCCCAACUGAACUCUCUGCCCGCGAAUCCAGCGGCCCCCGAAGUUCUCUCCUUUCCUGAGCCAUCAGUACUCCCUGAGCCGCAAGAGAAGGUCAUCGACUAUACGUCGACACUAUCUGGCCGAGCUACUCUUCUAUGGAAACGAUACCGACCUUGGUUCCUCACUCCUGCCCCGCCAAAGAUAUGGGCUGGUGAACCUAUUGACUUCGAUCGCCACAAGGCUCGCUUGGUUACCGUGGAUAUACCACCCGCAGUCGUAAUAACUACCCUCAAAGAGUGUCGCGCUCAUGGGACUUCUUUGACGGGUCUUUUGCAUGCGCUUGUCCUUACAUCACUAUCGAGACGUAUUCCUACCGCUCCGGCCUUCAUCUCCUCAACACCCAUAAGCAUGCGUCCCUACAUAUCACCCAAAGCUGACCCUGCUAUCAAAGACGCACUGUUCGGUGCUGUGACCGGCAUGUCACACGAACACUCUUCGUCAGCAGUGGCUGCCUUCCAAGCUGCAAAGGGUGAUGAGAUCAACGACCUUAUCUGGAGCCACGCUAGGAAAGUCAAAGACGAGCUCAAGAAAAAGACAUCUACAAUCCCCGCAGACGAUGACAUGGAGGUACUCGCGACCGUCACUGAUUGGAAAGCGCUUCUACGGAAGAAGGAUGGCCAGCCGCGACCUCGGUCGUGGGAAGUUAGCAAUGUCGGCACUCUUUCAGCUCCUGCUGAGGAGGCGGGUAAGAGGAGUAUUCAUCGCAUGCUGUUUACAAAUGGCGUCAUGGUCGCAAGUGAUCCUAUGAGUGUUAGUGUUGCAAGUGUCAAGAACGGUCCCUUGACGAUGGGAAUUACAUGGAAUGAUGGUAUCGUGGAAGAUAAGAUCAUUGAGGGGCUGAAAGAAGAUCUCGCGACAUAUCUAAGGCGGCUGCAUGAGACGGGGAUUAUUACUGACGAGUCGUAGCCUGAAGUGUUAUGAUGCCAGUCACUGUAGAGAUGGUCUAUGCAUGGGAGCUUGGCACAGGGUCUCAAUGGCUCAAGCCCGUCCAUGGUGAGUGAGACUCAAGGCUCUGAGCGGCAAGAGAGUGAUCCCGGAAUCCCUGGUUCUCGGGGACGGCCACGUCGGAUCCCGAAAAUGCCGGAGCUCUGGGAGACCCCGAAGACCCUUCAGGGAUGAAACAAGAUCUGGGACAUGCCCAUGUCAGUUGAAGCUUAAGAUCAGCGCAAAGCCAAGUCUUUAGUCUCUAACAUAAUGAUCGAUACGAGGUUUAUGUUUCUUGAGAAAAAUUAAUCAUAUUCCCG